AGAAAAUGAUCCACAGCCUGUUUCUUAUAAACUGUUCUGGUGAUAUAUUCUUGGAGAAGCACUGGAAGAGUGUUGUGAGCCAGUCUGUGUGCGAUUAUUUCUUUGAAGCUCAGGAGAAGGCAAUCGAUGUUGAGAAUGUGCCUCCUGUCAUCUCAACUCCACAUCACUACCUCAUCAGCAUCUACCGGGAUAAAAUCUUCUUUGUGUCUGUCAUACAGACAGAAGUGCCACCACUCUUUGUAAUUGAAUUUCUGCACCGAGUAGCAGACACUUUCCAGGAUUACUUCGGCGAAUGUUCUGAGACUGCAAUUAAGGACAAUGUAGUAAUUGUGUAUGAACUUCUAGAAGAAAUGCUAGACAAUGGCUUUCCACUGGCAACAGAAUCUAACAUACUGAAGGAGCUGAUUAAGCCUCCCACAAUUUUGCGCUCUGUGGUCAACUCCAUCACAGGCAGUAGUAAUGUGGGAGACACACUUCCCACCGGACAGUUGUCCAACAUUCCUUGGCGCAGAGCAGGGGUAAAAUACACCAACAAUGAAGCCUAUUUUGAUGUUGUUGAAGAAAUUGAUGCAAUUAUAGACAAAUCAGGUUCCACAGUCUUCGCAGAAAUCCAAGGUGUUAUUGAUUCGUGUAUUAAGCUCUCUGGAAUGCCAGAUCUUUCUCUGUCUUUCAUGAACCCACGGCUGCUGGACGAUGUCAGCUUCCAUCCGUGCAUUCGGUUCAAGCGCUGGGAGUCCGAGAGAGUCCUUUCCUUUAUUCCUCCCGAUGGCAAUUUCAGGCUGAUCUCCUACCGUGUCAGUUCUCAGAACUUGGUGGCAAUUCCUGUAUAUGUGAAACACAUCAUCAGUUUUAAGGAAAAUAGUUCUUCAGGAAGAUUUGAUGUUACCAUUGGACCAAAACAGAAUAUGGGGAAAACAGUAGAAGGAGUUAUCAUGACAGUUCACAUGCCAAAGGCUGUACUUAAUAUGAACCUCACUGCUACACAAGGCAGCUAUACAUUUGACCCAGUUACUAAGGUGUUAGCGUGGGACGUGGGCAAAAUUACCCCUCAAAAGCUACCAAACCUGAAGGGCAUAGUGAACCUGCAGUCUGGAGCCCCCAAGCCAGAGGAGAAUCCAAGUUUAAACAUCCAGUUUAAGAUACAACAGCUUGCAAUUUCAGGACUGAAAGUGAAUCGCCUAGACAUGUAUGGUGAGAAAUACAAGCCUUUUAAAGGUGUCAAGUACAUUACAAAAGCAGGAAAAUUCCAAGUCAGGACAUGAGAAGAUGCUCUACUUCUAAGAGGAAAUUCCCCUUAAAUAAAACUUGACUGCUUAGUGACUUAUGUUGCUAUUAAUUAGGUGCCAAUUAAUUAAUAGACACCGAUUAGUUUGGGAUCAAAGCAUUUGUGCACAGCAGCUCUUAAAAUGAAAGCAUAGCUUAGUUUUUCUUAAUAUGGCUUUAAAAUAAGGUACUUUUUUUCUAAUACACUUUCACUCUUUUUUUACUGACUUGUUGUGCUGGUGAGUAGUUUGAUAUAGGCAAUCCACGAAACGUCACAAACACUACACUGCCAGUCAGAUACCAAAGCCCAGAGGCCAAGCACAUUAUGAAGGCCAGACAGGCCACUGGAAGAGUCUUCUGGUGGCAUGUUUUGCUGCUGCAGCCGCCUGCAAAGAAAGCUGAGUUACUGUCCCAGCCAGCUGCAAGCUGGCAUUCCACAAAGCACCAUGUAAUCCCUUCAGAAAUAGCAGCAGCGAGAGGGGCUGAGGUCCCCCAGGGGCCUGGGACAUAGCAAGUGUCACUCCUGAGAAGCUUCUGAUGAAGUAAAUAAUAAUUCCUGUGUUGUUUACAAGAAAUCGCCUUUCUUAAGAAGCAUUUGCCUUAAUCAGCUUUCACUUCUGCCAUCUGCAGAUGAGCUGAUAAAAAUAACAUCCUGCAUUAAAUCUGGGAGGUGAUUGUUGCUUCGGUAAUCCACUUUCUUUCCAUUCAAUCUCAUCAUCCCCAUCAUUUUUUUUAAGAAUACAGUUGCAGAGAGUAAGAUCUAUUUUUUAUGUGAAGCCUUUGCUUUGAUUUAGAAGUUCCACUUGUUUGAAGUGGAUGCCACCAGAUUUGUGCCGUGUGUACCUUGGAGCGUAGCUUUUUAGAUAGCACAAUAGAAGUGUCAAGUGUAUUUAAUGGUUGUGUGCUUUAAUGUUAUGAAAUAAAGGGAACUCUACUGCAAA